AAACCAUGCUGUCAAAUAAACAAUAAGGAUUGUCACGGACACGACCCAAUCUUGUGCAUUAUUUAGCGUGCAUCUGCUUGAAAUCCUCCAAUCGUUUUUUCAGAGGGCGGAUUAAGACUCGGGCCGUAGCGAGCAUGUUUGUGUGAGUCUGCUGUUCCGGUCUACCCAACAGGGCUAACUAGCUCCAGUAGCACUAGCAGCAACUUGAGAAGAGCCAGCCAGCCCCUUGUCAAAAAAAAAAAUAGCUGCAGUAGGAAACAAUUCAGCCGCUUUUCUGCAGCAAGGUGCUUAUUGAACAGUGCACGCCCUUUUCUACAAAAAGUGAAGUCGUGGAGCAUAAUACCUGGGGUGUCCAUCCUUUUGAAUAUACCCUGUUAGCGCUGGCUUCCGCCCUGUGACUCUUUGGUCAGUAGAGGGGCCACACCAGAGCAAGGGCCCACGUCGUGCCUCCAGGUCCCCUCUGCCUCUGUGUGUGACCGUGUGUUGAGUUCUCUGGAGACUCUCGGCUAGCCCCACCAAGAUGUCCUCCAUCUUGCCGUUCACUCCUCCUGUGGUGAAGAGGCUGUUGGGCUGGAAGAAGUCAGCCAGCGGUCCAGGUGGAGCGGGCGGCGGAGAGCAGAACGGACAAGAAGAGAAGUGGUGUGAGAAGGCUGUGAAGAGCCUGGUGAAGAAGCUGAAGAAGACAGGCCAGCUGGACGAGCUGGAGAAAGCCAUCACCACACAGAACUGCAACACCAAGUGUGUCACCAUCCCCAGCAAUUGCUCUGAAAUAUGGGGACUGAGUACACCAAAUACGAUAGAACAGUGGGAUACAUCAGGCCUAUACAGCUACCCUGACCAAACCAGAUCCCUGGAUGGACGCCUGCAGGUCUCCCACAGGAAGGGGCUUCCCCAUGUUAUCUACUGCCGCUUGUGGCGAUGGCCGGACCUGCACAGCCACCACGAGCUGCGUGCCAUCGAGGCCUGUGAGUAUGCCUUCCACCUCAAGAAGGACGAGGUCUGCAUCAACCCCUACCACUACCAGAGGGUGGAGACUCCAGUGCUGCCUCCCGUUCUCGUGCCAAGACACUCGGAAAUCCUGACAGAGCUGCCACCUCUGGAUGACUAUACUCAUUCCAUACCUGAGAACACAAACUUUCCUGCAGGAAUUGAACCUCCAAACAACUAUAUACCAGAAACUCCACCACCAGGCUAUAUCAGUGAGGAUGGGGAGGCCAGUGAUCAACAGAUGAAUCAAAGUUCUCCUGCAGAACUAUCUCCCAGCACUCUGUCCCCUGUCAAUCACAGCAUGGACCUGCAGCCGGUGACUUACUCUGAGCCAGCCUUCUGGUGCUCGAUAGCCUACUACGAACUGAACCAGCGUGUGGGCGAGACGUUCCACGCCUCUCAGCCCUCGCUGACGGUGGAUGGCUUCACAGACCCAUCCAACUCCGAGCGUUUCUGCCUGGGCCUGCUGUCUAAUGUCAACAGGAAUGCCACUGUGGAGAUGACUAGGAGGCACAUAGGAAGAGGAGUUAGACUGUACUACAUUGGAGGGGAGGUAUUUGCUGAGUGUCUGAGUGAUAGCGCCAUCUUUGUCCAGAGUCCAAACUGCAACCAACGGUAUGGCUGGCACCCGGCAACAGUGUGCAAAAUUCCUCCAGGCUGUAAUCUGAAAAUCUUCAACAACCAGGAAUUUGCAGCCCUGCUGGCCCAGUCAGUCAACCAAGGUUUUGAGGCUGUGUACCAGCUCACCAGGAUGUGCACCAUCCGCAUGAGCUUUGUCAAAGGCUGGGGAGCCGAGUACAGGCGGCAGACUGUCACAAGCACUCCUUGCUGGAUCGAGCUGCAUUUGAACGGACCCCUGCAGUGGCUGGACAAGGUUCUGACCCAGAUGGGUUCCCCGUCUGUGCGCUGCUCCAGUAUGUCCUAAACAGCUAAAGGAAACACCCCAAAACGUCAGCCCAUUACAAAGAUCAUGAAAUUCUAAACUUGUGAGUCCUAUCAUGAAAAAAAAAUAUAGAAACCCCACAGAAUGAAUUUCUGUAACAUACUUCAUAGUAUUUGUGGCCCAGUUCCACGUCCCUGUUUUAACUUUAUACAUACACACACAAACACACACACACACACACAAUGCACACACACACACACACACACACACACACACACACAUACAAAAAAACAGACUUUUCAGUAUGGAAUUUGGCACUUUGUUACCCAUCUAUGUCAUGCACCUUGUUAAAUUGCUUUUCCCCAAAUCCUUAAUAUUAGAUCUAUUUGUGGUACAAAUAAAAUGUAUAUUGGUUUUUAGUCCAGGAAGCAGGGGGAAAUACCAAAAAUAUCUGUGAAUAGUUUCUCAGUAUUGAAGAUUGCUUGUAUGAGUAACACAAGCUUGAAUGCUAAAAUGAUUUUUAGUCCAACCCACCCCAACCAUUGUUCUGAUCCUAAGUUUACUUUUCUCUGGGAAACUUGGACCCAUCUUUUGUCAGGGGGGAGUUGGCUUGGGUGAGAAACGAUGGCCUUGGUGGCUGUUCCCCUCUGAGGGAAAACGCCACAAUGUGUUUAUGAAAUUUGAUUGAAUUGACUUCUCUUUGCCAGAAUGGCCCUUUUUUAAACUCUUGAUGUGUGUCGUUAUAAGACAUACCUCUUAAUAGACAAAUAGGAAUGUUAGUAAAAGGAAAAAAAGAAAAAUUAGAAACCCAAAACAAACUGCAAACUCGGUCUGGCUGUAGUUUACUUCUUUGUCAUUAUAUGGCACUCUCCCGUGUCCUUGGUUUAGUUGAUUUGCAGCCCCACUGAACAGCCUGGAAUGGAAGCUAAUGAGAUCUUGGCCAGGGUGUGCGGGGUGCGCUGGGCAGGGACCAGAGAAUAUCAGCUGUUAGUGAAAGAUUUUUUUUUUCUCUUUGACAUGACACUGGGAGUCCAGGGGCUCUCCAAGGUGAAGCAUUAAAAAAAAAAAAAAAAAGUCUCACCAGGAGAAAUUGAAGGUAUCAAUGAAUUUCAUUCUGUUGUUUUUAGCCUAUAUCCCCUUUCUUUUGCUACUUUUUUUGUAUUCUCAUGUAUUUUUAUAUAUAAAUAUACUUAAAAUUUUCUGUCGUUCACUUUUUAUUAAAGUAAUAUUUUCAAGACCACAGCUGUUUUUAAAGUGACAUUGAGAGCAUGGAUCAUUCCUUCAUUUUACCUAAAAGCUUCAGCUUGAAUCCAGUUCCAAUUGAAGCCCUUUGUCUUGGUAAGAAAAUCACUGCCCCACAUGAUGUAGCUUGUUUUUAUCUUUUUUUUUUUUUUUUUUUUUUUCAAAAGAAAUCUGGUGCAUUUAAAGUACACAAUUGAUUUGCCUGUAACCCGAAUCUGCUUUCCUGUAAUGGUUUUACUGACUCCAGAGGCAUGUACAACUUACUAAUGGACAUUCAUCUCUUCACUUUUGUGAAAACACUCAUUUGACCUCUUGAAGCCCUUUGGUGCUUAGUUAAGCGGGUAAAGGUCAACCAGAUAUAAUUGGCUUUUAAAAUGUUAUAGAAACACGGCAGUAUUCCAGUUUCUUACAUCAGAAAGGAAGAGCGAAUGAGCCUGCACACUGGGACAUUCUGUGUUAAUGUGUGUAUUGUAUUCGUUCCUGUCUAUAAAAUACAGUAUGUACAACAAGACUUACUAGCUUGCACUCUGCCAUUAUUGUCAUUAUGUGGCUGUUGCGAGUUUAACAUCUGUUUUUCCUUCCCCUCUCCUUUUAUUGAUGUAAAUGUGUUUACCUUACGGCACUAGUGAUUGUACUUUAAGUGCACCUAGUGAGUUUGGAUUUGGGGAACUGAACCAUGUGUUAGGGUCCAGUGUUACAUUGUUUUUAUCUUUGGCCUACAACAUAUGAAUGUGAAAAAAUACAUUACAAAACUGACGUGGACCAGACGUACAUAUACAUAACAGUAGUACAGUAUGUGUGUAUUUAACAGUAAUCUUUUGCAAAGCAGUCAGUACAGUAGAUGUCGCAGUUGUUUUACCAGUAGAGGGCGGUAUUGAUAGAGCAGUUCUUUUCUGACCAUAAGCUUCUCAGGCGUGUGGCAUAUUAUGCAGACUUCAUAAAACACUAAUAAAGAUUUUUAUUCUCAUGAUGA